UUGGUAGGCUUGGUAGGCUUUGUUGAUUUCGUAAUUAAUAAUAGCUUUAGCUAAAUAAACGUUUAUUUAUUUAUUUAUUUAUUAAAGUGUACCAAGCCGGCGAUCCAUUAGAUUUUGGCGAGAAAGCACCAAAGCAGAGGAAUCGAAGUUUUUUGGUCAACACCAAUCAAUUUAACCAAACAAUUUACGCUGCCAACGGAACAUCGGUCAACCUCACUUGUCCACAAGAAAGAUUCAUUAAAUGGUACUACCUGGGCAACGACAGAAACCCAAAUCGCCUACUAUUACAGGUUUUGAAUAUUUUAAUUUUUCAUUAAGUCCCCCUCUAUCUCCAGAAAAUCAAAGUUUCAUCGAAGUCCAUCUUUUCUGAUUUGCAGAACCCCACAGAAAAAAGCACACACUGAGGUUUGGAGAUCGAGGAGGACAUCAUGGUAUGACUUGAUGUUUGCUUUGUGAAACAAAUGUAACUGUUUAUUUAAAAAUUAAUACUUGAAACCUGUAGGUACUUUAUUCAUAAUUUCAUCAUUUUUACAGAAGGGAAAUUUUUCCAAAUACGAAAUAAAAAAUUUCACUGACAAUCUUGAAGGCACCUACACUUGUUUGGCAAACGACACUACAAUGAAAGUGUUUUCGGUAUACGCUGGUGUUCUACCUCAUUUUAAAACCAAAAAAAUGAUUAAAUAUAAUGUUAAACCAGCGGGAAACACUGUAACGUUUAGGUGCAAUGCGAAAGGUAUACCAUCUCCAAAAAUAUCGUGGUAUAAAAAUGAUAAUCGAAAAGUUAUCAGAAAACUGGGUAAUUUCAAAGUGAGUAAAUACCAUGCUACAAUCGAGGAUUUAAUUGUAGAUGACAAUGGAAAUUACACGUGUAAAGUAUGCAACGUCCUGGGUUGCAUCAGUUACUCGUUUAUAUUGGAAGUUAUAGAUCGUUACCCAUUGAAACCGACUAUAAAGGACGAUUACCCUCGAAAUCUAACAGUAUUAGAAAAUGCUACUGCUGUAUUUGAAUGUCCACCAUUAGUAACAGACCUAGAACCAUACAUCGAAUGGUACAAAUGUAGCGAUGGAAAUUGUACAGCAGGAAAAAUACUACAGACUAAUGCUGAUCCAGAAUAUUUGGAAAUAGUCAAUGUUACUCAUGAACAUGAAGGCUGGUACUCAUGCCACGCUUCGAAUAGCUUAGGACACACCCAAAGCAAAGCCUAUUUAUCAGUAGUAGACUCUCUUGAAACAGCUGAAGAAACGCCGGUUUAUGAGUCCAAAUUCGAAUUCAUAUCGAAAAUGAUAAUGAUAGCAACGGUUUUUGUGAUUGUGACAACUCUAGUGUUCUACAUCAGCAAAAGACGAGCGAUCAAGAAAUUGGCUCUGCAACGAGAAAGAAUAACAAAGAAAAUCAUAAUCGAGAAAAAUAAUUCGUUGGGAGAAUACAUAUUCGGACCUUUGAGAAUGCCCGUGAUAAAAAUUGAAAAACAAAAAACCUCAGUGGCUGUUGCAGACGAUGGUGCAAUUAAAUCGGAAUACGAGUUACCAAUGGAUUCCGAUUGGGAAAUUCCGAGGCACAAAUUGAAAUUGGGCGAGAGCCUAGGCGAAGGAGCUUUCGGCAGGGUCGUUAGAGCCGAAAUGCAGUACCCUCCAAAGAAUGAACCAACCAUUGUGGCAGUAAAAAUGCUCAAAGAUAGCCAUUCCGACAGCGAAAUGAUGGAUUUGGUAUCAGAAAUGGAGGUAAUCAAAAUGAUAGGAAAGCACAUAAACAUAAUAAACUUGUUGGGGUGUUGUACGCAGGAUGGGCCUUUGUACGUGGUGUGCGAAUUCGCGUGCCAUGGCAACUUAAGGGACUUUCUAAGGAGCCACCGAUUGGCUGGUGAAGAUUUGCCUGUCGGAUCAGACGAAAAAGAAAAGGAAACUCUCACCCAAAAGGACCUGUUUUCUUUUGCCUAUCAAGUUGCCCGCGGUAUGGAGUAUCUUUCUUCCAGAAGGUGUAUUCACAGAGACUUAGCAGCUAGGAACGUUUUAGUUAGCGAUGGUAAUAUUUUGAAAAUAGCAGAUUUCGGGUUAGCUCGCGAUACCAACUGCAAAGAUUACUACAGAAAAAAGACAGAUGGCAGGCUACCAGUUAAAUGGAUGGCUCCUGAAGCUCUUUUCCACAAAGUCUACACCACGCAAUCAGACGUCUGGUCGUACGGCAUCCUAUUGUGGGAAAUUAUGACCCUGGGAGGUAAUCCUUAUCCAUCGGUACCAAACGUGGACACGUUGUUCCAGCUGUUAAGAAACGGGAGAAGGAUGGAGAAACCUGAUUGUUGCUCGUUGGAAAUCUACAAGAUCAUGAAAGACUGUUGGAGUUAUUAUCCGACGGAAAGGCCGCAAUUUUCCCACUUGGUAGAAGACUUGGAUGGAAUUCUAAUGGCAAAUGAGGAUUAUUUGGACUUGGGUCUUUCUCAUCUAAACACGCCGCUCAGUACUACACAGUGACUAUUAUAGGGAGACAAAAUUAUUUUUUGACUCAUAGUUCCAAAAAACAAAAAAUGUAUCUAUUUGAAAGGUAUUUAAUAGUAUAUUCUGUAACAAGUUUGGAACACGGCAUACAAGAGCGAAAUAUGCAAUUCCAAACGUGUUUCAGACUAUACUUUUUUCCGUUUCAAAAAAAUACCAUUGAAAAAUAAUGUAUUUGGGAAAAAGUGAGGUUGGAUCGGUCUAAAAUUUGUUAGACAUUAAACAAAGAGAUGUGUUUAUUCCGUCAUCCGAAUUAUUCUGUAAUACUUUAUACUAUAUUAUGUCAUUCCACAUUAAAAAGUGAUAUUAGAAUGGUCAUAUUCCAUAAUAGGAGUAGACAAAUAUAUUUUUUUGUAAAUUUACAUAAUGAACUCUCUAAAAAUGUAAAAGUGGAUUUUCACUAAUUGACAGUGCAUAUUAACUAUUUGCCGCAGUGAUAAGCAAUUAGUGAAUACUCACUUUUUCAUGUAGCGAUUUCAUUGGAUGGACAAAACCACUAGUUUAAAAAAGUUAAAAUUUCACUAUUUUAUGUCGAGAGUUCCGGAAAAGUAGUGAUAAUAUAAAACACUAAUUUGGAGAAGUUAAAAUUCCACUAAUUUAUAUUGAAAAACACUAAUUUUACAGUGAAUUAAUAACUCACUGACGGAAAUAGUGAAAAUUUCACUGUUUCACUUUUAGAGAGUACGAUUUUAAUUGUUACUUAAAUUUCGUUCCAAAAUACAGUCCCCUAGCCAAAUAAAACCCUUUUCCAUUUAGAUUUGAAUUUUAGUAUAUAUUUUGAAAUUUUUAGAGUAUAUUGUGUUACUUUUAAAGGGUUAACUUGUAUAUAAAUAAUUUUGCUAUUCUAAAACAAAACUGCAUUUAUGUUUUUAUCAAAAUUUAUUCAGAUAAAACCCAAGUGAAAAAAGCAUACCCAGGAAAUAACGGACACCCUAACACCUAUAUAUUUUUAUAAGGUUUGAUGUUUGUAUAUUAUUUUUUUUUAACUUAUUUUAGGUAUUUGUUGUCCAAAAAACUUUCCUUUACCACCUUUAUCAAAGCGAUUUAUUUUUUAUUUUUGUACUAUAUUAUAACAACUGUUUUUGUUUUUGUUUUUAUUUUUACCUACAAUACUUUAAUUAUGAUUUCAAAGUUUUGUUUAUGUAUUAAUGGCAUGGUUGUAAAACACCUGUGCCAGAUUUGAGAAUCAACAGGAUGUAGAUGUAUAGAUGUUAGAAUAAUAAAUAAAUAAUAAUUAUAA